AUGUCAAACAGUCGCUGCGGCAAUAUGGCUGCGAUUACCCAAUCGAAGUGGUGUGAAGAACCAGAUAUACUCACUUUAUUUAAAUGCCCACGCAUCACCCCGAUAGCCAGCAACCAGCCCCAGCAACCUGUCCAUCCUCACCGCCGACGCAAGCCACGCAGCCCAAUACAGCAGCCGAACCUGCCACGCCGUCCACCGCACGCCGUCAAAGAACCCCUCGCCGUCCAUGCCCUGCUGUAUCUUGUCCGCGAGCGGCCUCAACGUGCGCUCAUACGCGUCCAGCGCCGUCCUCACGCCCUCGCCCUGGGACGAAGCACCAUCUACACCCUCGGCGAGACCCUCGCUCCCCCGCCCGACGUGUCGUCCAAUCUCGCCCGCAAGCACAUAGGCCCCAAUCAUGGCCGCCGACGUCCCCAGCCCGCUCGCAGACGAGCUGUAGCCCGCGUCGCCCACGAGCGUGACCCGGCCGCGCGACCACGUCUCCAACUUGACCAGCCCCUGCGACUCGCAGUAGAAGUCGUCGCUCUCAAGCAUCGCAUCCAGCAGCUCGUCCGUCCGCCAUCCCGCGCCGCGGAACUCGUCCUCAAACGCCCUCUUCUCGCCCUGCACGUCCCCCCUCUCCACGAGCCCCAGACGCUCCGAGACGUGCUUGCUGCUCAGAUACACCUGCAGCUGGUGCGCGUUGCUCCUCCUCGUGAGCACGAACCUGCCCCCGGGGGCAACAUACGCCGUCGCAACAUACGCCGCCGCCUCGCCCUCCCCAACCGGCUUCGGUAUCCGCAGGUACGCAAUAUUCUCGCCCAGAGCGCGGAAACACCUCUCCUCCGCGUCAAACAUCAUCCUCCGCGUGCGGGAGCGCAAGCCAUCCGCACCGACGACGAGGUCGAACUCGCCCACGCUUCCAUCCGCAAGCCGCACCUCGACGCCUGCCGCGCCCUCGGCGUCCUCGUAGCUAUCAAUCCACGUGCCAAAGACGUACUUGACCCUGUCCCUCGUAGCGUCGUACAUGAUGCGACACAGGUCGCCGCGCAUGAUUUCGUAUUCCGAAGUGAAGCUCUGCGACCCCUUGCCCGAGGUAUUCGCCCCGAAAAACGCCCACCGCGCGCCGUGCGCGUCGACAACCUCGACGCCCUGCUCCGGCGUGCAGUUGGCCCGGAACUCGGCCUCGAGCCCAAUGCGCUUCAUGACGGCGAUGCCGUGCCCGCGCAGGUCCAGCUGGAGCCCGUUUACGCGGAGCCCCGGGAACCGCUCGACCACGGUGACGGCGUGGCCCAGCUUGGAGAGCCAGAACGCGAGCGCUAUGCCCGCGAUGCCCGCGCCGCUGAUGAGGAUCCUGAGCCGGCCCAUGGUCUGCUGGGCCUCUAG